CACACCCACUCUCACACUCACACUACACCACAAACACAACCACAACCAGAAAUCCCUUUUCCAAGAAAACGAAACUUAUUUUCUCUCUCGCGCGCACUCUCUCUCUCUCUCGCUCUCUCUCUCUCUCUCUCAGUGUGUGACUACAGGAAAAUGGCAGAGGCUAGUUUUUCAAAAGAAAAGGAUCAGAUCAGCUGUCCAGUGUGUCUGGAUCUCCUGAAGGAUCCAGUGACUACUCCCUGUGGCCACAAUUUCUGUAAGGUGUGUAUUAAUGGCUGCUGGGAUCAGGAGGAUCUGAAGGGCAUCUACAGCUGCCCCCAGUGUAGAGAGACUUUCACUCCAAGGCCUGUUCUACACAGAAACAACAUGCUGGCUGAAGUGGUGGAGAAACUGAAGAAAGCUGCUUCUCCUGCUCACCGUUACGCUGGACCUGUAGAUGUGGAGUGUGAUUCCUGCAUCGGGAGAAAGCGCAAAGCCCUCAGUUACUGUCUGGUGUGUCGGGCCUCCUAUUGUGAAGAUCAUCUUAAACCUCACUAUCAGUCUCCUGCCUUUAAGAAGCACAAGUUAGUUGAACCCUGUGCAGAACUCCAGGAGAAGAUCUGCUCUCAGCACGACAAACCGAUGGAGAUCCUUUGUCGUACUGACCAAAGCUUCAUCUGUUACUUGUGUACAAUGGAUAAACACAAAGGCCAUGAUACAGUUUCAACUAAAGCAGAAAGAACUGAAAAACAGAAUGAGCUACAGGAGGAGCAGAUGAAAUCCCAGCAGAGGAUCCAGGAGAAGCAGGAGAAGGUGCAGAAGCUGAAACAGACUGUGGACACUAUUAAGUUUCGUUCACAGACAGCAGUAGAUGAGAGUGAGAAGAUCUUUACUGAGCUGAUCAGCUCUAUGGAGAAAAAGCGCUCGGAGGUGAAGGAGUUGAUCAGAGCUCAGGAGAAUGCUGAACUGAGUCGAGCUGAACGACUCCUGAAGCAACUGGAGCAGGAGAUUGCUGAUCUUAAGAGGAGAGUCACUGAGCUGGAGCAGCUUUCACACACACACGAUCACAUCCACUUCCUCCAGAGAUUCCCGUCUCUCUGUGUUUCUCCUGGAUCUGAGAACUCACCCAGCUUCACUGUCAGUCAACAUCUCUCAUUUGAUGGAGUGAGGAAAUCUCUCUCAGAUCUGAAAAAACUAGUCGAGGAAAUGUGUAAGGAGGAAUUCAACAAAAUCUGUCCACAAGCAGUUCAGAAUAUUUCACCCUCAGAACUGAAGAGCAGAGAAGAUUUUCUGCAGUAUUUCUGUUAUCUGACUCUGGAUCCCAACACAGUACAAUAUCGACUAAGUCUGUCUGAGAAGAACAGAGCGGUGACACGUAAUGGGACAGAUCAGCGAUAUUCUGAUCAUCCAGAGAGAUUUGACUACUGGCCUCAGGUGUUGUGUAAGGAGAGUGUGUGUGGACGCCGAUACUGGGAGGUGGAGUGGAGCGGUGUUGUGUAUAUAUCGGUCUCAUACAAAGAGAUCAUCAGGAAAGGGCGGGGUAAUAAGUGUUUGUUUGGAUUCAACAGUCAGUCCUGGAGUCUGCGAUGUUCUUCUUCCUCUGUCUCUUUCCGGCACAACAACAUUGCGACUGCGCUCGAAGGUCCAGUGUCCUCCAGAAUAGGUGUGUAUGUGGAUCACAGUGCAGGAACUCUGUCCUUCUACAGCGUCUCUGACACGAUGAGGCUCCUCAACAGCGUCCACACCACAUUCACUCAGCCUCUAUACGCUGGGUUCUGUAAAUGGAGUUAUGACUCACCUUUGAGGUUAUGUGAUCGAAUAUAAAAUGUUAGCAAAAGUAUUUAGUAUUAAUUGCUACAAUGGGAAGAUUUUGGUACAGAAACUGUAAUUAUUAUUACUAUUAUUAUUAUUAUUAUUAUUAUUAUUAUUAUUAUUAUUAUUAUGUAUCUAUGUGGAUCUCAUUUAUAGAUUAAUAAAUUGCAUAAAUAAUCUGCCGGAUGUAGGACGUUUCUAGGAAAAAGCAAUGUUAUGAAACAGAUUAUUUAACUGUAUGUAGUAUUUGCUGGUUUAUUAUACUGAUAUGAAAACCUUUUGUUUCUUCAGAAAUAAUAAAAAUUACUCAAAGUUC